UCUAUUCCAUUACAUUACUUGCUGUGCCGUGCGCGAGUGAGAGCGAACUAAAAUACACAGGAACUCUAUUUUGCUAUUUUCUUUUUCCUAAGAUAUAUCAUGGCUUGUGAAUCGUACAAUGAAAAUAGUGAUGUUUCGGCGAUAUUUUUCGACCUAGAUAACACUUUAAUUCAGACGAGGAAGUGCGAUAGCAGAGCCUGCAAUAAGCUUGUCGAGGUCCUGGAACAACAGUACGGGAUGCAGCGCGAAGCUGCCUCCGAGAGCGCCACCAAGUUUCUGAGAGCCUUCCGCGCGCGCCCUGAUGAUGACUCAUUCGCGAUAGACGAGUGGCCAGCACAUUUAUGGAGGAACUGCUUGCCGAAGAACUAUAGACACAUCGCCAAAAAUAUAUCUGAAGAAUGGCUAAAACUAAGAUUUCAAUAUUUGUCUCUAACACCUGAAGUUAUCCAUCUAUUAGAGACUUUGAGGGAGGAUUACCUACUGGGUCUGAUCACGAACGGGCCUUCGCGCGCCCAGUGGCAGAAGAUCGAGCGGCUGGGCCUGCGCAAGUACUUCGACUGCGUGCUGGUGUCAGGGGACCUGCCGUGGGAGAAGCCCGAUCAGCACAUCUUCCUGGAGGCUUGCAAGCUGCUCCACGUCGAGCCGAGACAUUGCAUCAUGGUUGGAGACAAACUUGAGACCGACAUUAAGGGUGGAAAAGAGGCAGAGCUCGGCGGCACCGUGUGGAUCCCCCUCCAAAAAGACGAGGAGUCUUCAGACCUACCCGACUUCACCAUAGACAAGGUGACAGAGCUCCCAGAGGUCCUACCCAACUCCCCCAAACUUAGGCGCGUCGCCGCCGCCCCUGACGCAAUCUGUUGACGACUUUGACCAUACACUUAUGACUAUAACUUGCUAAGCGGUCAAUAUGACCACUACUGACUCACUGAACUUCAGUGGAAUCUGCCAAUUUAAAAUCUCGACACCCAUUCCUAAAUUAAUUCUGGUGAGGCUACUGACAUGUGACUAUAAUAACAUUAUUUUAUAUCCUAUCUAAUAAGAAAAUUAUGCACGGAAUCGCCCUAUACUAGUAGAGUAGUCCAAAGAUCUCAAUAGGCCGAUUUCUGGUCAAAAUUGUGAUCAAACGAUCACGCAUCCACGAUUGAUUUAAGUACAAAAGUAGCUUUAGUAAGUAUAUUUUCUAUGAAAAAUAAUUUUUCAUCGUCCAGAGCUUGUCAAGUUACCAACGAUAUGUUGCAAAUGUAACUGGACCUUUUAUGAGAUCUGAGUUGUGUAUAGAGAGUGACAUUAUAGUUUAUUUUUUGAAGACUUGUAUAGAGAGUUGGUAUGGUAUUGGAUAUAUUUUUUAUUAUAAUGUAUAGUCAUUCUUAUAAGCUUAGCAUGAUUUCGUUGUAUUAUUUUUUAAAGUAUUUGAGUCUGAUGUAAGGAGGAGCUGGCCACUAUUCAUGUGAUACCUAGUAGGAGGUAAGUAGUUUUUUGUUCUCAUAGAUUAUUUUCUAGACAAUUUAUGUGACUCUGGUCACAACCUAGUAUCGUUUCUAAAAGUAUUCAAGUACAAGGGUUGUUAAAUGUGUUGUUUAUUUUUGUCGGUAGUUCGUAUGUAGGUAAUCUUGUAGACUGGUAAGAUAUAUGUGGGACAUGUGUAUAUUUAUGUAAGAAACAUGUUCCUACAUAACUUGAAACAGUAUCAUGAAUCAUGAUGUAACUUGGAGACUUAUUGUUACCCUAUGUACGCAAAGUACAUUGGUCUUCUUCAUGCGUUUGAAGAUUGAAUUUAUCGAGGUUGACUUUGUAAUUUUGUUAUUCUUGAAUGGACAUUUACUUUAUGUGAAGAUUUUGGAGUUGAAGUUAUGAAACUUUAAAUGAUACAUUCUGGACUUUUGCAGCCGUGGGAAGCAGCCAUAUCAUAAUUAUUUAAAAUUGAUCGGCCAAAGUACUCUUAUGAUGGCAAAAGUGAAUAUGUACAUAAUAAAUAUGAUAUUUUACUACAA